AUGGCCGACUUCGAUCUAUACGAGUCUCUCGAGACCAAGCACCAAUUUUGGGAAGAGCUCGACGACGUCGUCACUACCCAAUACCAGUCCCACGACUUAAUCGACGAAACCCUGCGAUCGUGGCUCUAUCUUACUUCGAGGUUCAGAGACAAGUUCCCCGAGAACGAAAAUGAUGUUGCCACCUGCUGCGAGAAGCUACUGCAAUGCAAGCUGUUUCAAGACAACAAGGACUACAUUCGCAACCAGAUCGUCUACAGCCUUUUGCAGGAGGAUGAACCCCCGUCGCUGCACGCCAUUAUACUAUUCCUUUUGCUCGACGGCCAUGCCGAUGAGGCCUUAUACUCUCGUAUGAUCGAGGAGGCGUGCUUUCCUCGCCUCCUCGAGCUGAUUAACGGACGUAAAGACCAGGAUCUGAGGCUGCAUCGCUUGCUUCUGGAGCUGAUGUACGAAAUGUCCCGGGUCGAAAGGUUGCGCACCGCCGACUUGCUCCAGGUCGACGAUGGCUUCAUUGCAUACCUCUUCCAGAUCAUCGAGGAGCUAUCCAACGACGUUCACGACCCAUAUCACUAUCCAAUUAUCCGAGUGCUGUUGGUUCUCAACGAGCAAUACAUGCUCGCAUCCACCGACGUCGCCUCAGAUCCGAACUCGCCCACAGCCCCUCUCACGAAUAGGGUGAUCAAGUGCCUUAGUCUCCACGGCGAUUCGUUCCGCACAUUCGGAGAGAACAUCAUUUUACUUUUGAAUCUUACAUAUGAAUAUUUCUACACCAAUGACCUCAAGGUUCUCCUUGACGUUAUCAUUAGGAACCUGAUGGAUUUGCCAGACGAAAAGAUAUCGCUUCGCCACACAUACCUCCGAGUCCUGUACCCACUCCUGGCGCACACGCAACUGAGCCACCCGCCGCACUACAAGCGUGAUGAGGUACUCAAGGUCUUGAGGAUUCUGGGUGGUUAUGGAAAUUCUCACUUUGCCCCUGCGGACGAAACGACGGUGCGUCUAGUCGACCGAGUCUCGAAAGUGAAAUGGCUUGUCGACCAGGAGGCUUCUGGCGAGGCAGAGGUGGCUCGGAAGUUCCUGGGGAUCAGUCUCACACGUUCGGACACGGCGAGCAGCGUUAGUGUUGUCGACGUCGCCGCCGUCAUGGAGAAACCGGGUGUCAUCACCCCGAGUCGCAAGGCCGAGGCAGACGCCGAAGCCAAACAAGGUGAGGCAAAGGCCGGGGCAGGCGCUGUGCGGCCGAAGAAGCCGUUGCCCGAGGUACCAAAACACCGACAUGGCGUGCCGGUCGGACCGACGACGACGUUGCAUUUGAAUGGACAUAAGAAGAUACCACCAAAAGCCCCGCCGCCACGGAGAAAGACGAAGCUCCAACCUUUGGAGCCCGUAGCGGACAGUGCCCCUAUGCCAGAGGCUUGA